UUGCGGCGUCUUGUCUGGUUGGUGGCACAGCUCACCGUCCGCACAAGGCAUGGUGCGCCUCUGCGCUGCGUACAGCUCUUCGGGUCUGCAGCAGCACGCGCGCCGCGUUUGUGUUGCGUCUAUCCGCUGUUGUUCGUGAGUGUGUGUCUUGUUUUUCGCUUGAUCGCGUGUGUGUGUGUGUGUUUUUUUUUUUUUGUUAUAAGCAUCGACCGCGCUAACCGUGUGUGUGUGUGUGUGAAUGUUUCUCCACCUGCACUAUUGCGGGGCACCGCGGUGCCCAACCUGUACUGUAUCGGGUAUCUGCCUAAAUAGCACAGAUCCUGCACUAUUGAGGGCGCCGUCUGUGCGCAGAGAUUUUACCUGCACUAUAUCGGGCGGUUGCACUAUUCAAAGUGCACUAUAGGGGGCCCACUACUGCACCGAUCAUACGGUGUUUGAGGAGAUCGAAUUUCGAUUUGGUCUCGGUCUUUUUUAUCUUCCCGAGAGCCGAAGACCGCUGGAUCUUCAGGAAUCGUGGUCCUUCGCUUUUAUUUUACAAUUUGGUUCCAAAGACCGCCGAAAAGCUCCAAUUCGGUCGUGCUGUUCAUUUCGGUCUUUUUAGGAACAGUUGCUGGUUGGCCGAGCUCCCCGUGAGAUACCCCGUGGGCCCCAUGCGCACUGCACACGACACAAACAAUGCACCCGGCGGAGCUCAAAAAUGUGGAAGAAGCACGAGGGUGGCAGAUGAAGGGUUAAAGAGGCCCGUUUACGCACACGCACUUCCUCCUCGCUGGCGCAUCACCACACACGCUCGGUUGUGUGCAGAUUAUAGAAUCGUUGUAAUUAAUCUUUUUCGUAUGGUCAGUCCAAGACCCAAUAUCAACAAUUGCGACACCCACUUUAUGAAUUGUUUCUCUGCACCCAGGUGGUUGUUCGCAAAACCGAAAGUAGCGGCAAACGCCCUGUUUCCAGGUGCAGGUCCCUGUGGAAAGUUUUUUUUUUCUUGUUGUCGAUUUAUUUGCAAAUAAUCGGAAAAUCUUGUUCACUUUUUCCUGGGGUGGGCUUUUGUCAGACCACAAUUAUGAGACCGGAUUUCGACAGCUCUCGCGAUUCCCCAGGUGGAAUUUUUUUCCGAUUUCGAUUUCAGCAAAAAUCGACGAAGUUAUCGCCGAAAAACUGCAUUAGAGAGACCAUUUUGUUCACUUUUCCCCUCCGACAUUCAACCAUAGAGAGAGCUUCAAAGAGACCACGGCAAUCGAUUCCU